AUGUCAACUAUGCAGGUGAGUUCAAACGAUGCCAAGGAAUACACGGUAUUUCCUUCCGCAGACUCUAUACGAAAAAGCGGCUUUUUGGAUGUGGAUGUUGCCGGAGACGAAAGAUGCGCUUUGAUGCUGAGCGAGAAAGCUUCCAAAACCUAUGCAAUGAGGCAUACGCCAGUGAACACGGACGAUUUCAACUCUUUCAUCGAGGAUAGCAUGAACCACUUAGACCAUAUAAACGCAAGCAGAGGCGACCUGAACACCAAAACUAUCGGAAGUUCCGUUUUAAGUACCGUAGGUCAGAGAUCAUGGGAGGAUGCAGUAGUUGAUUGCCGGAUAGAGCUGUUUGAUCAGUCUUUAGGGCACAAUGCUAUAAAACCAACAGAUAAUCGUUUUGGUAAGAAUGUAGAUGAAGUAUUUCAUCACAAUUUCACUAGGCAACGCACUCUUUAUGAUACAGGGUUAGAGGACGACGAUGAUCUAAUUUAUCUCCCGUCUUCAAAUGGGUUACAUAGCUCCCAUUUAUCAUCACAUCCAGAAGACAGCGCAGAUAAUAACAUUAGUCCAACUCGUUGCUUUUCGCGCAUUCCGAAACGAAACAGAAUACAACCGGACACUCACCUAACGGCAAGCGAGUUCUGGAGAUCACAACCGGUAACGCCACUUACGGAUAAGGCAAUUGCUUCAGUAUUUGCAAAAUUCACUCAUGUGGAAACCGGCGAUCGUGGUUUCGAUAACUAUUAUGCAUAUUUUCAUGAUGAGGAUUUCAGUAAAAUUACGAAGGAACCCAACAUGAUCAGUAUUCUUCCCCGGGGUGAUUGGACACCUAGGGAUAUAAAAAUGUGUGGGCCUUUUAAGGCAUGUAGAGGUGAGGCUUCAAAGAUAUCAAAAUCUGGUGGACCGAUCUAUGGAGAUGGUUUCAAUAAUGGGUCCAACAAACCGCAGGAUUCCGCAGUCUCACCGCUAGAAGGCUUGUUUAUGGUUACAGCGGAUAUAGAUUCGGAUGAUGAUGUUGAAAGUUACGAGCACCUAUACAAAGCUGAAUUGGAUUUGCUAGUAGAGCGAGGGGAGCAAGUAGACUUGCAAGAGAUGGACGAAUGGCUUUAUCAGGCGGGUCUAACAGCGCCUCAAGUAAAAAAUCAUCAAAUGGCGUUUCGCCGUCUUCUCAGGCUGAAUUGUAACUACUUCGGCAAGCGGGUUUACCCCUACAGAGGAGAAUUUGACAGUCUUGCUUCCAAAACUCUCCACGUUUUGGACCCUGAUACCAAUAGCUUUGAGGUCAGCCCAGCGAUGGCAAAACCGGAGAAACUUGAUUUAAGAAAACUCAAGAAGCGGCCAUGCAUGGAUAGGGAAUCUGUGAUAGAAAGCCCUACCAAUGAUGGUGCCGCGGGCAUAUCGGUAAACACAACUAUACCGUUGUCUACACAUCGGUUAUUCGAUUAUGAAACGGAACCUAGGUUCAUUAGAAAUCCGACUUUGAAGGUUGGCGCAUCAAACGUAAGACAUUUAUACGGUGAAGAGACAUCAUGUAGUUUUAUGAAGUCGCAAUCAUUUGGACUGAGACAUGGGAUAGCAGAUUUCCAAAUCGCUGAUACAACACGUCAGGAAGAUUUCCAGGUUCCUCCAACACUAAAACAACUAUUUCCCACGAAGGACAAAUAUAUUAACUCCGAAGUGGCGUUGAUGAAUCAGCGCAACUUCAUUCUAAAAGUUCUGCUUCGGUUCCCAUACUUGGACUUGAAGCAGCUGGGUUUAACUAGCUUCUAA